CGGUAGCGGAGGGAUCCUGCAGAGGGAGGAGUGGUGAGCUGUUCAAGAUGGCGGCGCCCUGUGGAGUAGAGCUUCUCCGCUAGUGGUGCCUGGUGACUGUGGGUGGCCCUGGGACCCCAGGUGGCAGGACAGGACGCCUUAAGACUGACAACAGCUACGGCGUACUCCCUGCCUCUGACACCAUGGCCAGAGAGCAGCCACAUGCGGCAGACCUCCUCCCUCUCCUGGAUUCUUCUGACCUCCGGCAGGUCGAGGAGGUCAAGGGUCUCAUCAGGGAGCACCUUAACACAGAGCGAGGGGCUGUGCUGGUUAACAGCCUGGUUGACUACUAUCUGGAAACCAGCUCCUCUGAGGCUGUGCACAUCCUCUCCUCUGUCAGGGAGCCUCACGACAAGCACCUCCUGGACAAAAUGAAUGAGUGCAUGGCAAAUAAAGCGUGUCGACUGCACACUCUUACCCUGCUGGGUCACGUUGUCCGCAAGCAGCCGUCCUGGAUUCACAAGAUAACCCGCUUUCCGCUCCUCCUUUCUCUGCUGAAAUGCCUCAAGACUGAUACAGAUGUGGUUGUCCUAAUAACUGGAGUCCUAGUAUUGAUCAUCCUUUUACCCAUGAUUCCACAACCGGGCAAGCAGCACCUGUAUGAGUUCUUUGACAUUUUCGGUCGACUCGCUGCUUGGAACCUGAAAAACCCAGGCCGUGUGACUGAAGUGUACCUGAUCCACCUCCAUGCCAGUGUCUACUCUCUCUUCCACCGGCUAUACGGCAUGUACCCCUGCAACUUUGUUUCUUACCUGCGCUCCCACUAUAGCAUGAAGGAGAACAUGGACACCUUUGAGGAGGUGGUAAAGCCAAUGCUGGAACAUGUGCGAAUUCACCCAGAGUUGGUGACUGGAACCAAGGACCAUGAACUAGAUCCUACUAGGUGGAGGCGAUACGAGGUGCACGACAUUGUUAUUGAAUGUGCCAAAGUGUCACUGGACCCCAAGGAGGCAUCAUGUGAGGAGGGAUACUCCACUGUGCCAGAGCACUUCUCCAUACACCAGCAGCUCCGCCUCUUGGACUGUGCGGCCAGCCCCUACACGGACUUCCACAGCAGCUGCGGAAGCUCCUCCUCAAACCUGUUUUCCCCUCCCCGGCAGGCCCUUGUCCUAUCACUCUCAGGGACACAGGCCCCCUAUCGCAGCCCUAAGUCAUCCCGGCAUCAGAACCAGAGCUGUGAGCUUAACAACUCCUGUGGCCAGAAGGAUUCAAUUUGGAGCCCCUCGUCUGUGUGUGGCAUGGCCACACCUCCUCCUUCUCGUAGCAUCUCGCCCACCAGUGUUGCUGAGCUGUCCCAUAGUGCCUCUCACAUCCUUGGCCGUGGUCACGGCACCAUGGCUGGGGGGAAGGGGACACCCUCUUUCUCCACGCCAGUGGCUGCGUCUCCACCCCCAGACGGGUUUGCAAACACAUCCCUCCCCCAAGACACUUCCAGUCCCCCUCUCAAGGAUAGUCGACCUUUAGAACCCAUGAGGCCGAGUUUGGUGAGACAGGAGCCAGUUAGAGAGCCUGAGAAGACCAGCAUCGAGGCAGCUGACUAUCAAGAAGGCGGCAACAAGAAUGUGCCUAUGACUCUUACGGAGCUGUCCUCCUUCAUCAAGCAGCAAGGAGCAGAGAAGGAACACGAGGAUGAUUACAUUGCAGAAGAGCUCCUGAAAAUAACGGAGGACAAAUCAGAGCACUCUACCAGCUGGAGUCUAGACUCACCUUUCUGCCAUACCACCGAGACACUGACAGGCAACCAGGGGACAAUGCUGGCUGCCUCUGCACCAAACCAGGGCCCUGACUCCCGUGGCAACUCCAUGUCCACGGUUGACAGAUAUGAAAGGCAGCCAUGUGUGGAGGGCCUUGGGCUUCAGCAGCCGGUGCAAGAUCCGUGGGCCUUCCAAUCCAUGUUCACACCCAUAGACAACCCUACGCCAGAUCACCCCCAUAGCUCUUCCAUGCCUGAGGAGGGUGGGGUCACCUCGGCCAAGUGUGGCCUAUUCUCACCCAGUCCCCACGGAGAGCUGUCUCUGCCUUAUGAGCCCCUUUUUGACCUGGCACUGCCUAAAGCUGCCCCUCUUUUUGUGGGGAGAAGGACCUCAGAGGCUCUGCAGAGGGCUAGUGGGGAGCAGCUGGAGGAGGGGCAGCGGGCAGAGGAGGAGGGGGUCUCCCUGGGAAUCACUGCUCCCACAUCUCCCCUUGAGGUGCUAGACCGUCUCAUUCAGCAAGGGAAUGACACCCACGACAAGGUGCUGAAGAGAAAGGACCGCUCCCCAUUUGUCACACCCGUGACCAACGACCCUGACCCCUCUUUACUGCUGCAGGCCAGGUUGCCUUUACCCAGCAAGUCAGCUGACUGGACGCACUUUGGAGCAGGCUCUGCUCCCAUGGAUGAGCUACACACGUUGCGCAGCCAACUUCUUCUGUUGCACAACCAGUUGCUGUAUGAGCGCUACAAGAGAGAGCAGCAUGCCGUCCGUAACCGUCGCCUCCUCCGGCGCAUUAUCAAUUCCACAGCGCUAGAGGAGCAGAACAACGCUAUGAAAGACCAGCUGAACCUGCAGAAUAUGGACAUCUUUUCUCUGAAGGAGAGCCUACAGGUGGAGCAGCAGCGCUACCGGCAGCUGUGGGAAGAUCGGGAAACUGUGGUGACCCGGUUGCAUAGCCAGAUCCGCCAGCUGCAGCAGGGCCGUGAUGAGUACUACACAAAAAACCAAGAGCUACAGAGCAAGCUGUUUGAAUGCCAGAAGAAGAUAAGUGAGCUGGAAGCAGAGCUACAGAAAGCCAACAAUAAGGUCUGCAACACAGGCCAUCAGCUGAAUCAGCUGUCUGUCAAGCUGACCUCCAGUGAGAACAUCCAGCAGCAGAUGGCAUUCCUGAACAAGCAGUUGCUCCUACUGGGGGAGGUCAACAAGCUGUGUGUGGAGGAGUUGCGGCACUCCACAUCUGACACCACCAAGGAGUCAUACAUGUUGCAGGCCUCUUCAGAAAAGGAGCUGGAGCGGCUGCGGCAGGCCCUGGUAGUGCAGGGACAACGGCUAGAGGCAGCACAGCAGCGUGUUGCAGAGCUGGAAGUACAGCUAGCCAAGAAGGAGCAUCUUGUAGUGGAGCAGAAGAAGUUCUUAGAAGAUGUGAAGGCCCAGGCCAGAGGAGAACUGAAAGCCUCAGAGAGCAGGUACCAGGCCCAGAGGCAGGUGACCCAGGCACUACAGUCUGAGCUACUCCAGCUCUAUAGCCGGCUUGAAAUCGAGAAGCCCACUGCAGGGGAUGGCCCAUUGCAGGUGGGCUCUGCCACUGAGCCUUGCGGUUCUGCUGAUUCCAGACAGGACAGCAGCAGCACCACUGCUGUGGGUGCAAAGGUGAAAACAGCCACCCAGGACGGAAUGAGCGGAAGCCCAGCUGCGUCUCAAAGUGGCAACAGUAGCACUUUAUCUGGGAAGGGCCCCUUGCCAUCCAGCUCUGUGAAUGGCAACCGGAAGUACCCCACUUUCUUGCUGGAGCCGUCCUUGACUCCUGUGUCGACCGAUACUACCCCACUCACUGUGGGCUCCUACCCCAGCUCCAACAGCUUCCUAGGCAUGAGAUCCCGUGAGCUGUUCCGCAAUAAGAGCGAGAGCCAAUGUGACAACGAUGCUCGCCACUUGGCUAGCCUCACCCAGGGGCUGAAGACUGAGCUGUGCACAGAGUCCCUGGGCCGAUCCAAUCCCACUCCCUCUGCCAUGUCCAUCCCUGCCCCUAACACUGCACCAGGUUUAUUUCCCGCUCGGGCCACUGCCCCCAAGGAGGCCCAGUCAGAUGUACAGCAGAGAGCCAAUAACUGGGAAACCCCAGCAUCCAGGGCCAGCUCUGUCCACCAGAGGCAACAAGAGCUCCGCAUCAUGGACUACGAUGAAACGCAUCACGAGCACAGUUAAAAAGUCAGGGUGUGAAGGCCCCGAGCAGACGAGAAAAAAUUGCCCAUAGGCGUGCGCCUAGGAGACAAGGCGAGACUUUCUGAACUCAGUGUUGUUAAUUCCCAUUCCUUAAGUGGACAGCAGGAUUUGAACCCAGUUUGUUUACCAGUAUAAAAAAUAAAUCAGAAAAGUGAAAGAACACCCACCUUUAGUUUACAUCCCAUCAUCUGCAGUUUUCUCUUUUUCAGCCUUCCCCACAGGUUCCACAUAUUCAGCAGGACUUUAACAAUGACUCCCUGCUUGUGACAGACCCACUUAGACCUAGUUUUGCCAUACAGAGUAACACAGACUGCCACCAUGAUUUGAGUUUCUGCUGAGAGAAUAAGGAAUGUAUGAAUUCCAAACACCUGGUACCUUUUCAUUAUAGGUUAAAAUGUUGGUCAUUUCAGAACUGGUCUGAACAAAAUUUGUCUGAAACUCCAGUCAAUAAAAUGAUUUGUGAAAACACUAAGCACAAGAUUUAGUUAUACAACAUGUCUUGAGUUUCAGAGGCAGGUAGGUGCAUUGUUACUGUUGGAACUUGGAAUGGUGAACCUUUGCGUUGCAUUGUAUUGUCAGAUACCAGUGGAUGUACAGAAGGGGUUGGGUGUCUUGAAGUGUGUCACUUAGAUUUUGGUGAUGGCAGGAUGGUAUCCUUCUGUGCUUAGACUAGUUCCUCGUGGGUGAUGAGUGGUACUAUGCUACAGUUUGGGAUGAAACAGGAGAUUAAAAAGUAACACACUUUCUGUCCAACAGUCAUAGGUAUCCAUAUAUUACUGCAUCUUUGUGUUAUAGCCCACAACAGAUCAACUUUAGAAAAUUAGCAGGUGCUCUUAAAUUUUUUACAUUUGUUUUUUCCUUCCCCUAUUACUGAUCUAUGAUCCCUUCUGGUGUUUACUGCCUAUGGCAUGGUGCUUUGGUUCUGAAGUUUCAGUCACUAGUGUGACUCUAAUCUCAGUGCAGCUGAUCAAGGCAGUCUCGAGCUCAACACAUUUUGCCUUGUAUCCACACUAAUAAAUGAAGGUAGACUUGUAUUUGGGAAUGAGUGGAGCAUCAUUAGAAUGGUCGACAAAGUUUUCUAGCUGAAUGAUUGCAGAGCGUCCAGUUUCCUUUUAUUCAUGUCAGUCACUAUAUGUAACAACAUAUCUCAGAAAUGUCAGACAGGUACCAUGCAAUAAUAGAUUUUAAUUCCCUUCAAAUUUGGCAGGCAACGGGAAAACCAGUUUACAUGUGGCUUUGUAAUUGAAUUAGCCAGAGCAUCAUGCAUUUGCAUUACUCAGAUUUAAAGUUUUGUCUGAAACAUUACUUGCCAUUUACUACAAUGGGAUGGGUUAUACUGGUAAAUAUUAAUAGCAAUAAUGAAACAUUAUGUUCUUACAAUGUUUUCUGCACUAGAACUCAUGAUUGCUAAAUGUAGUAUUAGGCAUUUGUGCUUUGCUACAUCUAACAACCUCAUGCUUUUAUAAACAUGUAGGAGAUGCACUGUUAAUGUGUACCUGUUUGGCAAGAGUAUAUGGGUCUGUUUCCCUCCCCGUAGAAAGGUUACAGUACAAUAUCUACAAUCUUACUGUCCAAUAAAAGCACACCACAGAGUCCCAAGUAUAGCAUCAGUUUUCUACUAGUGGUGAGGGCAAAUUCGUGCAUAUUCUUUUUAUAACCAGAUGUUUUCACAAUCCAUACCGGUCCCUUUCUAGGUCUUCAUUUCACCCUAAAAACUCUGUAAAGAGGGUGUGUCUUUAUUAGACACAGAAUCGUAACAGUUUCAGUUGGUUGACAUUUUACUUCCCACUUUGGUUGUCAACUUAUUCUGCAGGCUGUGGGAUAAAGUAAUCUUUUAGUCUUUUUAAGGCAGAUAUUUGCAUACUUUUUAUCUUGGUCCCCGGAAACUGUAACCUGUGCAUCCGGUGCCGAUACAGUGCUUUCUGAGUCUGAGUAUUUCAAGGCUACUGAGAGAAUGACAAAGCUAUGCAAGAGCUAAUCCAGGAGGGUAACCGUUGCCAAAAAGUGUUGAGCAAAAACAGCUGUUGGUUAUCUCUUUGAAAUAAAUUCCAGAAGAGGAGAACAUGUGGUCCACAAACAGUGGUAAUUUCUGUUUUUAUGAUUAUUGUUGUUUUUUUUUUUUUUUUUUUUAUUAUCUUCACUAGGAUAUCUCCAGACUGUAUAGAAAAGUGUUCACAUUGAUGUACUUGGUGGACAAUGUUUAAUUAACACUAAGUUACUUUCUUAAAACACAAAUCCUGUUGUCCGCUGACAGCCUCUGUUGUUACUCUGUCGCUAAGCAUGUACAACAAUCCAUGUUGAAUUCCAACAACAGGAACUGUGACAAAUGCAGAUACUCUAUAGUAUGGUACAAUCGGGAGUGAAGUCACUGGGGAGAAAUUCUUUUGAGGUAGAAUGUUCUGGAAACAACAAAUUCUUAAAAACAAAUGCCUGUGUUUAACUGUGAACA